CGCGACGCCAUUCACACUUAAAGCUUCAGAGGCGCGGCGGGAGCGCAGUUAGAGCUGGGCUUUCGCGCUCCGAGGUUUCCGGCGGCCCCAGGUCUCCCGCGCUCCGAGGUCUUCGCCGCCACCAUGAGACUAAGAAGCCCUGCACCGCUCCUCCUGCUGUUCAGUGGCCUGCUAGCCAGUGAUCUUGAUAUUCAACAAGAAGAAGUCAGAGCAAUGGUGGGCAGUGAUGUGACGCUCAAAUGCAUGUACACCAAAGAAGACAGUCUUGAUUUAAAGGACCUUUAUGUUUACUGGCAAAUCAGUGCUGCUGACAAACCAACAAUCGUGACUUACUACCUGUCUACGAACAACUCCACGGGCCAUAACGAUAACCAGUACAAGGGCCGGGCCAAAGUGUCACUGGACAGCAUGAAACGGGGAGACUUCUCUCUGCGUCUGUACAACGUCACCCCGCAAGACGAAGAGAAGUAUGACUGCCUGGUGAUUUUGAAAUUUAAUAAGAUUUUGCAUGUUGUGGUGACGCUGCACGUGGCAGCAAACUACAGCAUGCCGGUGGUCAGCGCCCCCAGCAGCGGCCCCCAGGGCGAGGAGCUCAUCAUCACGUGCACAUCCACGGACGGCUACCCCUGGCCCAACGUGUACUGGAUCAACAAGACGGACAACAGUCUGCUGGACAAGGCGCUGCAGAACAGCACGGUGUCUCGGAACGCGCGGGGCCUGUAUGACGUGGUCAGCGUCCUGAGGAUCCGCUGGGCGUCCAACGUGGACAUCGACUGCUGCAUUGAGAACGUGCUCCUGCUUCAGAACCUGACUGUCAGCAGCCAGAUGGACUCGGAAACAUUACCGGGAACAAAAGACAGCAUCACCGAGAGUUUAGGCGACAACCCCGAGGGGCGGACCCGGGCCGUGGUGGCCGGGCUCGUGGUGCUGGGCGUGGCUGUGGCGGCAGCGGCUGCAGGCUGGAUGUGCAGGAGCAGGUGUCCGCGCCACUGGACGUACACAGCAGGUGCCCAGGCUGCAAGGCGGGAGCUGGAGCUCACUGACCAUGCUUGACAAGAACUGACCACCCAGGAUGUGGACAGGGCUUCCGCGAGAUGCCACCAAGAGGGACAUCACACGGCAGCUUGAGAAUUGACUUGGGCAGGCUGGUAGCAAAGGGAGGCCCUCUGUCCCCACCUGCAACAUUAGCAAGGUGUUCACGGACAUGUGCCUCUGGCUGGAGGGGACAUGCAGGGGCUUCCCCCCGGGUGAAUGUGCCAAGUGCUGCCCUGGUCCCGGAGUGAAGCCCUGAAAGGGCCAGCAGUUCUGGGACUCAUCUGCCCCCAACUGAGCGGGAGCGCCACCUUCGCUGCCAGUCACGCAUCAGAAAGGGGCCUGGAGACGGCUCCUCCCCCAGCACCCCCAACUCUUCUCAGCACCCAGACCAGCUGUGGCGAGGUGUUCUGAGAGCCGAGGGCGGGCGCUGGACACAGAGUCAAGGUGGCCACGCUCUUCGGACACAACCUCUGCUGGGUGGAGGUCCAUCGCGGGUUUUUGAAGGGUCCCUGCGAUUAUGCACGGGUAUGUGUGCGCACACACCCAAAUGCAGGAAAUGGUCACCACUGGAAGACUCCAAGAUUGCUUUCCUCCGGCACAUUCACAAGGCUGGGAAGGAAGUCCAGCCUUGUCUGUUGUGGUGGAAAGCUAGGUUUCCGUCCUGCAGAAGCACAGUGGAGUUUCGAGAGAAGGCGUGCUGCUGAGAAUGGAGAACAUAGUUUCCAGUGGCCACAGGCUUGGAGAGGCAAGCACCCAAGUCCUUCAAAUGGGGCCGUGGUGUGGAUGGAGAGGGCACUCCGGGGACGUGGCGCAGCGAUUCCCUGGAGUGUAGGGUAGGCAGCUCCUUGCCACCCUGCAUGUACCUCCUGCCUGGCCACACCGGGGACCUGCACAGUGUGAUGGAGAGUCCGAUGGAGACCUCAACUCAAACGCCGGGUUCCUCGGAACCCUCCAGCCCCCUACCCCCCCGGUGAUGGGAGAUGGACAAUGGCCCUGGCCCUCCCUGGGCGGUUUCCAUGGUGUUGCCUGGGAUGAAUUGAGCAGUUUAGUGUUUCCAGACGGUUCUGCCAAGGAGUCUGCCAGGUAACCCAGGUGUGCACACCCAGGAAAAUGGGCCUGUGGUUCCACCAUGGUCACUCAGCACUGAUGGGCCCUAGACCCCGACUUGGAGCAGAAGUGACCACCAGGCUCCGUGGUGAAGCGAGUUCACACUUUAUACAAGAAAUCGUUCGUUUGUCUUUGUGGCCAAAAGCCCUCAGAUGGCUUUUAGCUCAGUGUGAUAAGGGGCCCACACAGACUUUUAACAUGAAAGCAUUAGAAGACGCAUAUCGGUCGUCCCUACAAGGACAGAAGGGCCACUAACUGGCACCUGGAACCAAGCAGCACUGGGGGGCGAGAAGGGGGUGCAGUGCCCGUCCUCCAAGCCCGAGAGCCUGGGCGCAGGGUCCCCUCCCGCCCCCCAGCCACACCCAGGCAGGAUGGGGCAGCCACGUGGGGGCUGAGUCUGGUUCCAGCUUUUCCUACCAGGUGCCAGUGUCCUGGGGAGGUGGCCGGGGCCGGGCUCUCCUGUGUCUAGCAUUAGCCCUGGGCUGGGGGAGGUCGUCCCACAGCUCCUCCUAGCACUGUGCUGACCUGGACCUGAGGCUCCCAAGGGCCGAGGCCACGCUCGCCAGGCAGGUGCCUCCUGGGGCCUCAGACCCUCAGUCACAGCCUGGCAGCCCCUCCCUGGCCUCCGGGAGGCAGCACACUUCCCCAUCCUCAGCUUGCACUGGUACCACCCACCCCCCUUCAGUCCGACUGUGGACUGGCUGAAUGCCUCUGUUUGACAUCUGUUCCUGCAAACUCGAUGUAAGAGAAUACAAGAUGUAAGCUGUGUCCAGUGGCUUGGUCAGCUC